AUGAAAGAUUUAUUCUAUGUAUCCAUGUUAGAGCAUAUAUGAAUAUUGGUAUAUUAAGCAAUAUGUAUGACUUAAACGUUAUCCAUAUAGACCUGUUGUGUAAAGACAUUCACUGUGGAAUUUGUAUUUCACGCUUGAAUGAUUUUGGUUAACCUAGCACAAAUGUAUGCUUGGUAGAGGAUUAACAGUGGUUUAAAAUAGGAGGCUUGAUUCCUUUGUUAUGCAAUGAGGGCUUUGUUUAAGAUAGGUUAUUCUUGGAAGUUAGUUCAGUGAUAACUCAAAAUGCACCCUUAAUAUUGCAUGUUUCCCUACUAUGAUUAUUCAGUAUUUGCAAACUUAUAAUGAUUCUAUUUGAAAUAUAGGAUAUGGAGUAUUCAUGUACUGUAAUGACAAUCUGUGACCGGAACUGAUUAUCCGUCUGAACUGUGUAAUUAUACCCGGCAAAGUUAAUCGAAUGAGAAACGUUUGAAUAAACAAAUUCAUAUCAAACUCAAGCCGUGGUAUAGUUGCGUUAUUGCUAACCUGUGGGUAGUCGUUCUGACCUUUCGCUACAAUAGUAAUAAAAACACUAACGUACUUUAUAAAAAUAUAUAUGGCCUAGUAGGCCUAUUAGUAGAAAAUGUGCAGUAUAUAAUAAUUAGUUACUAGCCAUAUAACAGGCAUUGGCCCUAUUUAAUAUUUUAAUUGAUAGUAUAUAUUCUUUAUAGAAAGGCAUAGGCCUAGGCCUAAGCCUGAAUACCCUAAGCCCACCCCUAGCGUGAACCGCUUUAGAAAACAUCAAAAAUGAUAGACCUAAAACAUUAACAUUAACUUAAGUAAAGUUAUUAAGUAAACAUUACAAUCCUAAAAUAAGAAUUACACCGCAUUUGUGCACAUACCAUAUAUAAUUAGCAAUAGAAUGCAACCUAACCUAGGCCUGAAAACACGAUCGGACGAGAAUCGUAACAAGAUUCAUAACCCGAUGAAUUUACGAUGUUCAGGCGGUGUCUAAUUACACUGCACCAAGUCUAAGCUCUGCGGCGAAGGGCCUAGCACCAACCGCCACACACAAUUGAAAGACACAUUUUAAUAUCUCUAGCCACCGUUCGUUAUUAAUUAUUUCUCAAAUUUAAUAACGCCACGUAGUAGUUAUAAUAAUAUAUUUUCAUAAAUACCUUGUUCGCGAACGAUUCGGUUGAGUUUAGACCUAAAAAAAUUAUUGAACUUUUUAAACUCGCUGUACUAUAUCAAUAAAAAAAGUAUAAUACAUACUCCAAGUAUUGAAAUACACGCCAUCGUGUUGGGAUUCAAUAUUGAAUCAAACAAACAAAGAUGACAACAAAGCUUAAGAUCGGAUCUCUCAGAAAACGAUCACAUGGGAGCGUUAGGACCAAUCACAAUGUCCGGAUUCUGCUUUUUCAAAACGUCAUGCAGAGAACGUUGUUUAGAAAGGUCGUAAUUCACGGUUCCGAAUGAGCGUUGUAUGCUAAUACCCAUUUCACACUGAUGAUAUUUUGCAAAUAUUAACAACUUGUAACAAGUUGUAACCAGGUUUGGAUGAGUGUGAAAGCAAAAUCCUUGUAAACUUUCCGAGAUUUCACAGGGGUCCCCUGAGUUAUCUCGGAACAAAAACAGACCAUCGCGAGGCCUGUUUUUUCCCCGAGAUGUUCCGAGUUGUUGUUGCGCAUGCGUCAUGUCCCUAUUUUGACCUUUUCGCGGGCUGUGUGUUUUUUUUUUUUUUAGUUCGAACGAAUGGCGGCAGCGAUGGAAAACGUAGGCCUAUCAACAUUAUUACCUAAAAGAAAUAUUGCUAAAUUUCACAUGUCAGCGGAUGUAGAAAAAAUCACGAGGCUUCGUAAUCGUAGAAUACGCCGACAGCGAAUUAUUAUGAUGCUUGUCGCACUGAUUGCCUCUAACAACAAUGCUUUUGAGUCUGUCCCAAGGUCUUGUUGGGCCCUUCCUCGCAACAUUGAUUGGUGGACUCAUGAUCUGCAGUUUUGGACAGACGAUAGAAGGUUUUAUAAGAACUUUCGUAUGUCAACAGACACAUUCGAUUUACUCUGCCAUCAUUUACAAGGUUCACUCAUGAAACAAGACACACACUUGCGUAAGGCUAUGGCUAUCCCAGUAAACAAAAGAAUUGCUAUCACUUUAACUCGGCUUGCAAAAAAUUCAGAUCUCAGCUGCAUCAGCAACACAUUUGGUGUAGGUGUGUCAACAGUGUGUACCAUAUACACUGAAGUGUGUAAAGCAAUUUGUCAAAUAUUAACACCAAUUUACCUGAAGAAACCAACCACUAGUGAGAUGUUGAAUAUUAUAAAAGGCUUCGAGGAAAAAUGGGGAUUCCCCCAAUGUGGUGGCGCCAUUGAUGGUUGCCACAUCCCCAUCAUAUCACCCUCUACAUACCCAGCUGACUAUUAUAAUAGAAAGGGAUGGCACAGUGUGCUGUUGCAGAGAGUAGUCGAUCAUAGGUAUAGAUUUAUUGACUUUGACUUGGUUGGCCUGGGAAAUGUCAUGACACCUGGGUCUAUGAACAUUCAAGCAUUGGCCACACAGUUUCAGAAGGAAACUAUUACCCUGAAUUGGUUAAAAACAUUAACAAUGUGCCUAUCCCUGUUGUGCUUGUCGGUGAUUCGGCCUAUGCUUUGUCGAAUGGCAUGAUGAAACCAUAUCAGAGAGCAAAUUUGACAAGGGAACAAAAGAGGUAUAACUAUAUUCAAAGUAGAAGCCGCAUGGUGGUUGAAAAUGCUUUUGGCCGUCUCAAGAAUAGAUGGCGUUGCCUGAUGAAGCGCAACGAUAGCUCCAUUACCAACAUGAAGUACAUCAUUGGUGCCUGUCUUGUGUUGCAUAAUUUCUGUGAAGCGUGGGGCGACAACAGCUUACCCGAUGAUGAGGAAGAAGAUGACUUUACUCAACUUAACACAGAACCAACUAACAAUGCUGGUGAUGCAAGUACAAUUCGUGAUACAAUAUGCACAUAUAUAUCACAAUCUCUUUAUUGAAACAUUUUAUUGAUGUUGGUCACUAUUACAUUAAAUGUAAACUGUACAUGCAUCUUCAAAACAAUGGACGGAAGUGAUUUAAGGCAGUUACGUUUACCUGAUACUUGGCAUGUUAUUGUACACAACUGUAAAUAUUCUAAAAAGCACCACUCUUUCUAAAAACAACAAUUCUGUUUGAAUAAGUUAAUGAUUAAAAAAUGAAUGGUGCUAAAGAUGAAAAAAAAAAUAUUAUGAACCUGAUAAAUAAAAACUUGUAAAUACUGUAUAUAGCACCAUGCACUUACCUAUGAGAUGAACGUCAAGCUAAUCUAGACUAUAUAUUUAACCUUCGCAUGAGUGUAUUUGUUUACAUAUUGCAAAGAUACAGAACAAUAAAAGGUAUCAUAGUUAAAGGUUUAAAA